CUGAGAUUGCUGGCAUGAAGGGGAGCCGUGCCCUCCUGCUGGUGGCCCUCACCCUGUUCUGCAUCUGCCGGCUGGCCACAGGGGAGGACUGCAAUGAGUUUUUCAUGGACUUCCUGCAAACACUACUGGUGGGGACCCCAGAGGAGCUCUAUGAGGGGCCCCUGGGCAAGUACAAUGUCAACGAAGAUGCCAAGGCAGCAAUGACUGAACUCAAGUCCUGCAUAGACGGCCUGCAGCCAAUGCACAAGGCAGAGCUGAUCAAGUUGCUGGUGCAUGUGCUGGGCAGUCAGGACGGUGCCUAAGUGGACCUCAGACAUGGCUCAGCCAUAGGACCUGCCACACAAGCAGCCAU